AUUUUCCAAUAAUAUUAUCUGAACGAGUCGAAUCGUUCGGUUGGCGGAGGCAGUCAAAGGAAAGUAGCGAGCGAAGAAGAGCGCGAGACAAGGAAAGAGUGGCGACUGCAGUCUUCAGCGACGGUCCGACGGAGCCAUGACGCUGGGGAUGAUCAACGCCAACCCUGUGGUGCACGCCAAGAGGGAGAGGAUUAUUCGCUCGGAGGAUAUACACUCCGACGAUGCCCUCGAUGCCCUCGAUGUUUUUGAUUCGGUGAGGGAUAUCAAGGAUCCGGAGCAUCCUUAUUCUUUGGAGCAGCUCAGUGUUCUCUCGGAAGAGUCCAUCGCCGUUGAUGAGAAGCUCGGCCGCAUCAAGAUAACCUUCACUCCAACAGUUAAACACUGCAGUAUGGCAACAGUCAUUGGUCUGUGUUUAAGGGUUAAGUUAAUGCAGUGCUUUCCCCCACAUUUUAAGGUUGACAUCACUGUAUCUCCUGGUUCUCUUGCAAAUGAAGAAGCAGUUAAUAAGCAGCUGAAUGACAAGGAGAGAGUCUCUGCAGCUUUGGAAAACCCUAGCCUCCGUCAACUUGUGGAUGAGUGUCUCUACUCCAAUGAGCUAUAUUCUUAUUAGUUACUCAUAUUUUCCUUGUAGUUUCCACUGUAUAUCAGUUCUGUUCAACGGAACUGCUGGUUGGUUUUAGCUGUAUGUUAUAUAAAUUCAUCUCAGGUCAUCUUGAUGACUUGCGAUAUUAUGUGUUUUUUUUGGUCAAAGGUAUUAUGUAGUUUUUGUAGUCUUAUACAGAAGCUAUCUUCUAUGUAGCAGUUGUUAUCAAAAUAAAUGUAGCAAUAUGAAUGAACGCAGUUAUAUUUUGGUGCA